AGGAAGGCAAGUAUUAUUUAAAAUCGGAGUUCUUUCCCAACUGGGUCAGCACUUUUAACAAUUCAUACAGAAGCCAGGAGUGCCAAGUCCGAUUGUAAAGAACAGCAAGUCUCCUUUAACAAAUUUGCCAUAAACAUUGGGAGAUACCAAGAAGAAUCAUGGAGAUCAAUCAUAAGGCGGUUAAAGGGAGAGUUGUUCUAAUGAAGAAGGGACUUUUGGACUUCAAUGACAUCAAAGCCAAUGUUUUUGAUCGAAUUCAUGAGUUUUUGGGCAAGGGUGUCUCUCUUCAGCUCGUUAGUGCUGUUACUCCUGACCCAGCAAAGGGGCUGCGAGGGAAGCAUGGAAAAGUGGCAUACUUGGAGAGGUGGAUUUCAACUAUUUCAUCUUUGACAACAACAGUAGAUACAGAGUUCUCAAUUACAUUUGAUUGGGAUGAGAGCAUGGGAGUUCCUGGUGCCUUCAUAAUCAGAAACCAUCACCAUAGCCAGCUCUACCUCAAGACAGUCACCAUUGAAGACAUUCCAGGUCAUGGUCCUGUAAAUUUUGUCUGCAAUUCUUGGGUUUACCCUGCUCAUCGUUACACGCAUGAUCGUGUGUUCUUUGCAAAUAAGGCUUAUCUCCCAUGUCAAACACCCGAGCCAUUGUGCAAAUUGAGGGAAGAAGAACUUGCAAUCCUCCGAGGAAAAGGGGUCGGGAAGCUUAAUGAGUGGGACAGAGUGUAUGACUAUGCAUACUACAAUGAUUUGGGAACCCCAGAUGAUGGUCCAGAAUAUGCACGCCCUGUUAUUGGAGGAUCACAGUUUCCUUAUCCCCGUAGAGGAAGAACUGGUCGUCAACAUACCAAAACAGAUCCCAAAACGGAAUCAAGAUUGCAUCUUCUAAAUCUAAACGUUUAUGUUCCAAGAGAUGAACAAUUUGGCCACGUCAAGUUUUCAGAUUUUAUCGCUUAUGCACUGAAAUCCGUUGCUCAGGUUUUGCUUCCGGAGAUUAAAUCUGUGUGUGACAAAACUAUUAAUGAGUUUGACACCUUUCAAGAUGUACUUGAUAUUUAUGAGGGAAGUUUUAAGCUGUUAAAUGGACCUAUAACGAGUAAACUUAGAGAACUCAUUCCCUAUGAGGUGCUUAGAGAACUUGUUAGGACUGAUGGUGAGAGAUUCCUCAAAUUCCCAGUGCCUGACGUGAUCAAAGCUAAUAAGACUGCAUGGAGGACAGACGAGGAAUUUGGAAGAGAAAUGCUUGCUGGGGUUAACCCUGUUAUCAUCAGCAAUCUCCAAGAAUUUCCCCCUGCCAGCAAGCUAGACCCGAGCGUCUAUGGAGACCAAAAUAGCUCCAUCAGAGCAAAGCACAUAGAAAAUUGUUUGGAUGGGCUCACAAUAGAUGAGGCGCUUCAAAAAAAGAAGCUAUUUAUAUUAGAUCAUCAUGACGCAUUGAUGCCAUACCUGAGUCGAAUAAACUCUACAAACACAAAGACUUAUGCCACUAGAACACUCCUGUUUCUACAAGAUGACGGUACAUUGAAGCCGCUGGCUAUUGAAUUAAGCUUACCCCAUCCACAAGGGGAACACCACGGAGCUGUGAGCAAAGUUUUCACUGCUGCACAGGAAGGAGUAGCAGCUUCAGUGUGGCAGCUGGCUAAAGCUUAUGCUGCUGUUAAUGAUUCAGGAUAUCAUCAACUUGUUAGCCAUUGGUUAUACACUCAUGCAGUAAUUGAACCAUUCAUUAUAGCUACAAACAGGCAGUUGAGUGUUCUUCAUCCAAUACAUAAGCUCUUGAAGCCACACUUCAAGGAUACAAUGCAUAUAAAUGCCUUAGCUAGGCAUACUCUCAUCAAUGCUGGAGGGAUACUAGAGAAAACAGUUUUCCCUGGUAGAUUUUCCUUGGAAAUGUCAGCUGUUAUAUACAAAAAUUGGGUAUUCUCCGAGCAUGCACUACCUGCUAAUCUGCUUAAGAGAGGAAUGGCAGUUCCAGAUUCAAGCUGCCCUCAUGGACUUAGACUUUUGAUAGAGGAUUACCCGUUUGCUGUUGACGGGCUAGAAAUCUGGGAUGCAAUUGAAACAUGGGUGAGUGAAUAUUGUAAUUUCUAUUAUCCAUCUGAUGAAUUGGUUGGGAAUGACACUGAACUCCAGAACUGGUGGAAAGAAGUUCGAUAUGAGGGUCACGGUGACUUAAAAGAUAGGUCAUGGUGGCCAGAGAUGAAGACUAGAGUUGAGCUCAUUCAAUCAUGCACCAUUAUCAUCUGGCUGGCGUCUGCAUUCCAUGCAGCUGUGAAUUUUGGACAAUACCCUUAUGCUGGUUACCUUCCUAAUCGUCCAACAGUUAGUCGCAGGUUCAUGCCCGAGCCAGGAACCCCAGAGUAUGAAGAGCUUGAGUCAAACCCUGACUUGGCAUUCCUGAAAACAAUUACAGCACAGUUCCAAACUCUCCUUGGUGUGUCACUGAUUGAAGUUCUGUCUAGGCAUUCAACUGAAGAGCUUUACCUUGGGCAGAGAGAUACCCCUGACUGGACUUUCGAUGCUGAACCAUUGGCAGCAUUCGAGCGAUUUUCACAGAAGCUGUUGGAAAUUGAGAACAAUAUUAUGGAAAGGAACAAUGAUAAAAGAUUGAAAAACAGAAAUGGACCAGUGAAGGUACCUUAUACCCUUCUCUAUCCCAAUACCUCAGAUUAUUCUAGGGAGGGUGGACUCACUGGGAAGGGAAUCCCCAACAGUAUAUCCAUCUAAAACUGCUCUGCUAGGCUCUACUCUCUCAUUGAAUUCUAGCUAUUCAAGUAUCCAACCAAGGAUUUUGGGUGUUGAAUAAACAAUUUAAGUACAUCUACCAUGAUUACUUUUUGCAGGUUUUUUUUAUUGUAUUGUUAUGA